AUCAGGUCGGAGGAUGGAGUCAGGUGGGGGGCCGCGCUGGGAGCGGAUCCGCCACCGUCCAAGCAGCCGCCGCUGCCGCCGCCGCAGAUCAACAUAACUCUAUAAUGGACCAAAACUGAUUUCUUCAUGGUCUGGGAUGUAUACUGGCAGGCACAGACUGCUUGCUUAGAUGUCAUAAAACGGACUUAACAAAGGGCCAUAAAACAGGGAAUCGUCUCUGCCUGGAUGUGUCGGAACUACGCUCCAACUUGAGACUUGAGUCUGGGGGGGUUCUUCCCCCACCCCACUGGGAAAGUGGAGAGCUCCCUUUGCAAUCCUUUCUGGUUGGUUUGGGGGUGCAUGCCAACUGAAAGGAACGGCUGCAAAAAUGGCGACCCCUGUUACCAAGACCGCAUGGAAGCUACAGGAAAUUGUGGCCCAUGCCAGCAAUGUGUCUUCCCUGGUGUUGGGCAAAGGCUCAGGACGGCUCUUAGCAACGGGAGGAGAUGAUUGUCGGGUCAACCUAUGGUCAGUUAACAAGCCCAAUUGCAUCAUGAGCUUAACUGGCCACACUUCCCCUGUGGAGAGCGUUCGACUCAACACUCCCGAGGAGCUCAUUGUGGCUGGAUCCCAGUCAGGCUCCAUUCGUGUUUGGGACCUGGAAGCUGCCAAAAUUCUUCGUACCUUAAUGGGACAUAAAGCCAACAUCUGCAGCCUGGACUUCCAUCCCUAUGGGGAGUUUGUGGCCUCUGGUUCUCAGGAUACAAACAUUAAGCUCUGGGACAUACGGAGAAAAGGCUGUGUGUUCCGGUACAAGGGACAUACCCAGGCUGUGAGAUGUCUUCGGUUUAGCCCCGAUGGGAAAUGGUUAGCGUCUGCUGCAGAUGACCACAGCGUGAAGCUUUGGGAUCUGACUGCUGGGAAGAUGAUGUCCGAGUUCCUGGGACACACGGGGCCUGUCAAUGUGGUAGAGUUUCACCCAAAUGAGUACCUCCUGGCUUCUGGAAGCUCUGACAGGACAAUCCGCUUCUGGGAUCUGGAGAAGUUCCAGGUGGUCAGCUGCAUUGAAGGGGAGCCUGGGCCUGUCAGGAGUAUCCUCUUCAACCCCGACGGCUGCUGCUUGUACAGCGGGUGCCAAGACUCCCUCCGAGUGUAUGGCUGGGAGCCCGAGCGCUGCUUCGACGUGGUCUCGGUGAACUGGGGCAAGGUGGCCGACCUGACCACCUGCAACAACCAGCUGAUCGGCGUCUCCUUUGCCCAGAGCAACGUUUCCUCAUAUGUGGUGGAUCUGAACCGGGUGACGAGGUCUGGGACUGUUGUGCAUGACCCAGUACAGGACAGCAGACCCGUGGCUCAACCCACACCCACGGGUUCCUCCAUCCGCCGAGGCUACGAGAGGCCAGCCACAGCCUGCAGCAAGCCCCAGAGGGUGAAACAUAACUCUGAGAGUGAGAGGCGAAGCCCCAGCAGUGAGGACGACCGUGAUGAGCGUGAGUCCAGGGCCGAGAUCCAGAACGCCGAGGACUACAAGGAGAUCUUCCAGCCCAAGAACAGCAUCAGUCGGACUCCGCCCCAGAGGACUGAGCCGUUCCCCGCCCCUCCGGAGGAUGACAUGGCCAUAGCAAAGGAGGCAUCCAAGCCCAGCCAGGCCAUGGACAUUCAGCUCCCGAUGCCAAACAGAGGAAACUCUGACUUGGUGCCCAGGCUUCCCAUUGCCACCUCCACCCCGAUGCCCAAAGCUGAGCCUGCUGUCAUUCCUGCUGCCAGAAAUGAGCCCAUCGGGCUCAGAGCCUCCGACUUCCUACCUGCCGUGAAGAUGCCCAACCAGUCAGAGAUGGUCGAUGAAGAUGCCAUGUCCCAGAUCCGAAAGGGCCACGAUACCAUGUGUGUGGUCCUGACCAGCCGUCACAAGAACCUGGAUACGGUGCGAGCUGUCUGGACCACGGGGGACAUCAAGACAUCCGUGGACUCGGCCGUGGCCAUAAACGACCUGUCAGUGGUGGUCGACCUUCUCAACAUAGUGAAUCAGAAAGCGUCCCUUUGGAAACUGGACCUUUGUACCACUGUCCUCCCCCAGAUUGAGAAGCUGCUUCAGAGCAAAUAUGAAAGCUACGUGCAGACGGGAUGCACCUCCUUAAAGCUGAUCCUGCAGCGGUUCCUACCCCUGAUCACAGAUAUCCUGGCUGCCCCGCCCUCUGUGGGGGUAGACAUCAGCCGAGAGGAGAGACUCCACAAGUGCAGGCUGUGCCACAAGCAGCUGAAGACGAUCAGCCACCUCAUCAAGAACAAGUCCGGCCUCAGCGGGCGCCACGGCAGUGCCUUCAGGGAGCUGCAGCUGCUCAUGGCCCCCUUGGACUGAGUGACCGGCUCGCCCCGCGCACGCACGCACCCCCUCUGCCUCCUGUGGCCACCCCAGGCUUCGUGGUUCUGUCUGCCUGCAGCUCCCGGGCUGCGGCGAGGCCCGGAGCCCGGCUCUCCCACCCGCGUCGCCUCUCCGUUCUCCCCAUCCCGGAGCGGCUUUGGGGCCCAGCCGCGUCUGUCCGGUUCGGACCCGUGUGGACUUUGUCCUGAGAGACUCGGCCCUCGCCCCAGGGACCGCACAGUGCUCGGGCAGGCGCGUGGCUGCCCGGCGUCACAGCUCUGCGCAUCUCCUGGAGGGGGAGGAGGAGCCUGGGCCACCACGGGGCUCCUGCUGAUGACUGUUCUCCAAUAAACCGCUGUCCGACUUGG